AGAAGUCCUCCUUUGGAAAGUAUUUUCUAAACCUUUGAUACAGUGAAUGAAAAUCUAAAUUACAGUGCAGAACACAGUAGAAAUAAAGUGAAGUUACUCUACAAUGGAAAUAGUAACUGUACGUCUGUCACGAUGACACGUGGGCUUGAUUGUAAUAUAUUUUCAUUUUUUAAAGCAAAAUAAACCGUAAAAUGACAGAGAACCAUGUAACAUAAUUGGCAAUCGGUUUAAACCAAUAAAAUGUUUCGAAUCAUACCUGUAAGUCUAUGCACUGAAGUUGCUAAAGACAUUUAGAUACCUGCCUAUGUCUAUUUUAUGAAUGUUUCUAUCUUUAAAUACAACAAAUAUGUUUUUACACCACCAAGGUGUGUAUCGGAUGUGUAAUGCGAGAGCUUAAAUCCAUUUCACCUAAAAUGACCUCAAGAUAGCAUACUGGUUUAAAGACAACUCAACACUGAUUGCGUACAUUGCAAAGUGCCUUUGUAUUAAAACAACAGCUUUAUUGUAAUUAGCAUUUAAUCCGCAGAAUAUGUAUAUGCAACACGUAUCCGAUGAAAUACAGCACAAAGGCACUCAUUGUAACAAUGAGUAAACCUGACAUCUCAACUGAAUGUUUUAUAGCAACCGACGGUCAAGAAAAAGAAAGAAAACAAGGCAUUAUGCUUUACCCGAAAGGCUCAUAAUUCUCAACGUGAGCUGAGCCGAUGUGAACAACCCUGCAGAUGAAGAGUUUGCAUCUUUCGCAUCGCCCAAUUUACAAACAUCAUGUGGGGUCAAAACGAAACCCGAAAACACUCUGACUGUAAGACGACUAAAACAUCCCUGACAUAUACUUCAUUGCUUAAAACUACUGGAACAUUUCAGACCAAUAGAAGGUCUGCGAUGUUCAUAAUCAACGUGAGAAUCACUGGGAAGGGCUUUUUAGUAACUGCAGAAACUAUGAACAAAGGAGCACAAAGGAAAGCAUUACUAUGGAAACAAUAAUGGGAACGCAGAACAUCAUACAAUCCUCUACUAAAUAAAUUCUCUUAAGUUGUGACUAAUCACAGAUAACACUUUUCAAACACUGAAAAUAGAGAGGAUGUGAUUAAAGUCAACAUGAAAUGGCAUUUACAAAGCAUUUACUCCUGUCAUGCAACAUAUUCCACAGCCAAAUGCUGUAGUAAGUGGGUGUCGUAAUAACAAUAUUGUUCAGAAGUUUGGGGAUGGUUAGAUUUUGUAAUGUUUUUAAAAGAAGUCUGCAUCUAUUUGAUCAAAAAUGCAGUAAAAACUACGGAUCCCCUAUAGAGACAUGCUGAUGGGAGGAAAUGCAACAUUUCUCAGUGGAACGCAAUACUUUUGUGAGAGAAUAAAAAUGUUUAAUGAGAGAUUGCAAAUGUUUUGAGAGAAAUCGCAAUUGUUUUAUGAGAUCGCAAGUAUUUUACAGUAGAUGGCAAAUGUUGUGCGAGAGACUGCAAAUGUUGUGUGACAGAUCGCAAAUGUUUUGUCAGAGAUCACAAAUGUUUUACGAGAAUGCAAAUGUUUUGCGAGAAAUUGCACAUUUUAUGAGAGAAGCAAAUAUUGUGUGGCAUCGCAAACGUUUUACGAGAGAUCGCAAUUGUUUAUCAAGAUCGCAAAUAUUUUGUGAGAAAUUGCACGUGUUACGAGAGACAGCAAAUAUUGUGCGACAUCGCAAAUGUUUUACGAGAUCGCAAAUUUUGUCACGAUAUUGCAAUUGUUUUACAAGAUCGCAAAGAUUUUGUGAGGUUGCACGCUUUACAAGAGAUGGCAAAUAUUGUGCGACAUUGCAAAUGUUUACGAGAUGCAAAUAUUUUGCGAGAGAUUGCACGUGUUUUUACGAGAGACGGCAAAUAUUGUGCGACAUCGCAAAUGUUUUACGAGAUCGCAAAUUUUGUCACGAUAUUGCAAUUGUUUUACAAGAGAUUGUAAAUGUUUUACAAGAUCGCAAAGAUUUUGUGAGGUUUGCACGCUUUACGAGAGAUGGCAAAUAUUGUGCGACAUUGCAAAUGUUUACGAGAUGCAAAUACUUUGCGAGAGAUUGCACGUGUUACGAGAGAUGGCAAAUAUUGUGCGACAUCGCAAAUGUUUUACGAGAUCGCAAAUUUUGUCACGAUAUUGCAAUUGUUUUACAAGAGAUUGUAAAUGUUUUACAAGAUCGCAAAGAUUUUGUGAGGUUUGCACGCUUUACGAGAGAUGGCAAAUAUUGUGCGACAUUGCAAAUGUUUACGAGAUGCAAAUACUUUGCGAGAGAUUGCACGUGUUACGAGAGAUGGCAAAUAUUGUGCGACAUCGCAAAUGUUUUACGAGAUCGCAAAGAUUUUGUGAGGUUGCACGUUUUACGAGAGACGGCAAAUAUUGUGCGACAUCGCAAAUGUUUUACGAGAUUGCAAAUUUUGUCAUGAAAUUGCAAUUGUUUUACAAGAGAAUUUGCAAUCUCGUAAAACAUUUGCGAUUGUUUUACAAGAGAUUGCAAAUGUUUUACAAGAUCGCAAAUGUUUUGUGAGGUUGCACAUUUUACGAGAGACGGCAAAUAUU